AUGUUCAAUAAACAAAUAUUAAGAACUACUACUCAAAGAUUACAAUUAUUAAACAAUCAAUUGUCAAAUAAUUUUUCAACAAUGGCUCCAAUUAAUCAAAAACAUUAUGAUUAUUUAGUAAUUGGCGGUGGUUCAGGUGGUGUUGCAAGUGCAAGAAGAGCUGCUAAAUAUGGAGCAAAAGUUUUAUUAAUUGAAUCGAAUUUUAAAAAAUUAGGUGGUACUUGUGUUAAUGUUGGUUGUGUUCCUAAAAAAGUUAUGUGGUAUGCUGCUGAUAUGGCUCAUAAAAAAGAUUUAAUGUCAUAUUAUCAACUAGAAUCAAAAGAUCAAGCUCAUGUUAAAUAUGGUGAUUUUAAUUGGCAACAUUUUAAAGAAAAAAGAGAUGCUUACAUUACUAGAUUAAAUGGCAUAUAUGAAAAUAAUUUAAAAAGAGAAAAAGUUGAUUAUAUUUUUGGAUUUGGUAAAUUUAUUAAUUCAAAUGGUGAUGUUGAAGUUACAUUAAGUGGAGAUCAAGAAAUUUCAUUCCUUGAAGAAGGUAAAACAUUUAAAAAAGAUGAAAAAUUAACAUUUACAAGUGAUAAAGUAUUAAUUGCAACUGGUGGUACAGCUAUUAUCCCUCCAAAAAUUGAAGGAUCAGAGUUAGGUAUUACUUCAAAUGGAUUUUUUCAAUUGGAAAAACAACCUAAAACAGUUGCUGUUGUUGGUGCAGGUUAUAUUGGUGUUGAAUUAUCAGGUGUAUUCAAUGGUUUAGGUUCAGAAACUCAUUUUAUAAUUAGAGGUGAUACUGUAUUAAGAGCUUUUGAUGAAACUAUUCAAAAUACAGUCACUGAUCAUUAUGAAAAUAAAUUAGGUAUUAAAUUUCAUAAACAAUCAUCAGUUGAAAAAUUGGAAAAAAUUGAAAAUGGUAAAAUUAAAGUAUAUUUAACUUCUGGUUCAACAAUUGAAGUUGAUGAAUUUAUAUGGACAGUUGGUAGAAAAUCAUUAGUUAAUAUUGGUCUUGAAGAAGUUGGAGUUAAAACAAAUGAUAAAAAUCAAAUUAUUGCAAAUGAAUAUCAAGAAACUUCAAAUUCAAAAAUUUAUUCAUUAGGUGAUGUUGUUGGUAAAGUCGAAUUAACUCCAGUAGCAAUAGCUGCUGGUAGAAAGUUAUCAAAUAGAUUAUUUGGUGGUGAAGAAUUUAAAAAUGAUAAAUUGGAUUACAAUAAUAUUCCAUCAGUUAUAUUUUCUCACCCUGAAGCUGGUUCAAUUGGUUUAUCUACAAAAGAAGCAAUUGAUAAAUAUGGUAAAGAUGAUAUUAAAAUUUAUAAUUCAAAAUUUACAGCUAUGUAUUAUGCAAUGAUUGAAGAUGAUAAACAAAAAUCUCCAACUGUUUAUAGAAUUAUAUGUCAAGGUAAAGAUGAAAAGGUUGUUGGUUUACAUAUAGUUGGUGAUGAUUCAGCUGAAAUUUUACAAGGUUUUGGAGUUGCUAUUAAAAUGGGCGCAACAAAGAAAGAUUUUGACAAUUGUGUUGCAAUUCAUCCCACUUCAGCAGAAGAAUUAGUUACGAUGACAUAG